AUGGCCGAGGAAGGGUAAGUGUGGCUGUUCUACUCGCAGUUUAGCUCAGAACCAAGGCUAGCUAGCGAACAAAUGUGAACGUUUCUUAGUUUAAUUGCCUUAAGUGGUGGUUUGUUCCCAAAAAAUAUAAUUUCCAUGCUUGUACGUGCACUUCCAGAACUCUAGACAACACUGGAAUAUCCGUACCUGGAGUCCCCCAGCUAAUUUAGCUAGCUAUCUAAUGUAUGGGUUUUAGUCCGGUGGCUGCAACCAAGUAACCGUUAACUAUUUAUAUGUGAAUAUAGCUGCAUCGUCAACGGAGUAGUUAGUUAGUUCCCGGCGAUUGUGUGAUGAUUUACUUUCUUUAGUCGGAUACCCCUUCACUCUAAAUUAUGAGUGAGAUCCCCUAUCUGACACGCCGGGAGAUUGCGCACAUUCAAUCCGGCGCACUAGCAUCUUUACCGGUCAGUUGUAGCCAACUAACUCUUGUACCCCCUCUCCUUUCCCACUCGUGUCCCCACCUCCUCUCCCGUCUUUCUCCUCUCCCGUCUUUCCCCUCUCCCCACCUCCUCUCUUGUCUUCUCCGGACUCCCCUGUCUUGCCUUGACCUCUCCCCCCUCAGCAUCGCUGCCGGAGGUGUAAUGGAUGUCAACACCGCUCUCCCUGAGGUGCUCAAGACCGCACUCAUCCACGACGGUCUGGCCCGCGGUAUCCGCGAGGCCGCCAAAGCGCUGGACAAGUGAGUCCGAACAUUUCUGGUCACUGUGUGGCCUAAAUGGCACCCCUUUCAUUCCAUGUGUAGUGGGCUGGCACAUAGUCGACUGCUGUUGGGCAGAGCCCUAUGUAGGGAAUAGGGUGUCAUUUGGGAUACACAGAAUUUCGGGUGUGUCUUUUUACUGCUGUGUUCUAUUAGCUUGCAAAGUGUGGUGAAGUAUGGCUGAUAGUUGGGUUCCCUCUACUGAAUCCUGUGAACUGCCAUUGUUACCCCAAAUCUGACAUACCUCUGUCCCAAAUGGCACUGUAUUCCCUAGCUAGUGCACUACUUUUGAAUGGAGUGUUCUAUACUAGGGAAUAGGGUGUCAUUUGGGAGGUAAACACUGGUGAUAGAUGCAGUUACAUUUUGGGAUAUUAUUUUCUACACUGUAUCGUUUUGACAAUAUCGUAACAUUUUUUAAUUCUGUUUUUUUAGAUCAGCUUUAAUAUUGCAGAUUGUAACUUCCCUCAAUGUAAUUGUCUGCAUCACUUCCAAUCCCCCAUGUUUGUUUUUUUCACAUAUAUCCUUUAAAAAUAUAUUUCCCUUUAUUACUUUCCAACCCCACCAUCCCUUCCCUAAUUGGAGUAAACUAGUGAACAACAAUGCUUAGGCCUCUACUUCCAGCUUAUACAUACUAUAUACAUUUUAUGGACACAGUCAAUAAUUAUAUUUUGUUUGUUUUUUUACUCCUGAACUUCCUCCGAUCAUUUUCAUGAUGUCCAUCCGGUUUGCUUCUAUAUGCCAUAUCUUUCUAACUGUGCUCUUUCACAAAAGCUCACAAUAUAUAACCUACAUACUUAUUAUGGACACAGCAUGUCUUACACUAGUUAUCUUGUUGUUAUGAAAAUGUAUGCACUCAAUAACUGUAAGUCGCUCUGGAUAAGAUAAUAUGUAAUCGUGAGGUCCCUGGCAAUUCCCUGACAUAGUUGGCUAGUUAUGUUCCUUAUGUUAACCGCGCCCCUCUCCUGUGUCAAGGCGUCAGGCCCACCUCUGUGUCCUUGCGGCCAACUGUGACGAGCCCAUGUACGUCAAGCUGGUGGAAGCCCUCUGCGCUGAGCAUCAGAUUAACCUCAUCAAGGUAUGGCGCCGGGGAUUGGUGGUGGUGUGUGGGUGGGGACGUGUAGGGGUUACACCAAUGGUGUGUGUGUGAAUGACCAAAAGCAGGAACCAGUGUGUUUCUGCAAGUAGAUAGUAGGUUGUUGUUAUGGUGAUGAACAAGGGUGCCAUGAUGUUACUGGAUGGUGUAGGAGAUGUCUUACGUCAGAUUAAUUUAUGGUUCUACUGAACACUUCAUACUGCCAUUGUUGCCCAACUUAUUACUGAGAUCCAGACAACACUGGACCCGUCCCUAAUGGCUCACUACUCGAUAUAGUGCACUACUUUUGACCAGAGCUCUAUGGGGCCCAUGUCGAAAGUAGUACACUAUGUAGGUUACUGUUUGGGGAGGAACAACCACUGUUAAGACUUGCUACUACUGCGCUAUGGAGCUACUAGGUUGUAGCGCAGCUCUUCAAAUCUCCUGUAUUGAAUCCUUCAAUCUUUUCUCCUCCCUGUUUCUCCUCCUUUACCUCUUCCCUGUCCACCAGGUUGAUGACAACAAGAAGCUGGGCGAGUGGGUCGGUUUGUGUAAGAUCGACCGUGAGGGCAAACCCCGUAAGGUAGUGGGCUGCAGCUGUGUCGUGAUCAAGGUAAAAAACCACUGGCCUGUGAUCUUCUGGAAACACCUGGGAGAGGGAGCUGAAGGGAUGAUGUCGGAAGGGAUUAUGGAAGGGCUUGGAAUUGUGGUGUACAGAGUUAUGAGGGUUGAAUGUCCACUGUGCGAUCAGAGCUGUUUGUGCCAGUCGAGUGCAGGUGCUGUGCUAUCGGUGCCAUGCAGCUGCUUGUCCUAUACAUCUGGCCAGAGUGUCUGCCAGGGUACGAGCCCCGACGCCUCACUGUGGUGCCUGGGGUCCCAAUGAAUGGCUACAUUUACCACCUACCUUUAUCAUACUGACCAACAACGUACAGUGCAUUUGGAAAGUAUUCAGACCCCUUUACUUUUUUUGUUACGUUACAGCUUUAUUCUAAAAUGGAUUAAAUUGUUUUUUUCCCCUCAUCAAUCUGCACACAAUACCCCAUAAUGACAAAGCAAAAACAGGUUUUUAGAAAUGUUUGCAAAUGUAUUAAGAAAUAAACAUUUACAUAAGUAUUCAGACCCUUUACUCGGUACAUUGUUGAAGCACCUUUGGCAGCGAUUACAGCCUCUAGUCUUCUUGGGUAUGACGCUACAAGCUUGGCACACCUGUAUUUGGCGAGUUUCUCCCAUUCUUCUCUGCAGAUCCUCUCAAGCUCUGUCAGGUCUCUCCGGAGAUGUUUGAUCUGGCUCUGGCUGGUCCACUCAAGGACAUUCAGAGACUUGUCCCGAAGCCGCCACUCUGUUUUCUUGGCUGUGUGCUUGGAUCGUUGUCUUGUUGGAAGGUGAAUCUUCACCCCAGUCUGAGGUCCUGAGCACUCUGGAGCAGAUUUUCAUCAAGGAUCUCUCUGUACUUUGCUCCGUUCAUCUUUCAAACUCCAAGCGGGCUGUCAUGUGCCUUUUACUGAGGGGCUUCCGUCUGAUUGGUGUAGUGCUGCGGAAAUGGUUGUCCUUCUGGAAGGUUCUCCCUUCUCCACAGAGGAGCUCUGUCAGUGACCAUCGGGUUCUUGGUCACCUCCCUGGCCAAGGCCCUUCUCCCCCGAUUGCUCAGUUUGGCCGGGUGUCCAGCUCUAGGAAGAGUGGUGGUGGUUCCAAACUUCUUCCAUUUAAGAAUGAUGGAGGCCACGGUGUUCUUGGGGACCUGCAAUGCUGCAGAAAUGUUUUGGUACCCUUCCCCAGAUCUGUGCCUCGACACAAUCUUGUUUUGAAGCUCUACGGACAAUUCCUUUGACCUCAUGGCUUGGUUUUUGCUCUGACAUGCACUGUCAACUGUGGGACCGUUAUAUAGACAGUUGUGUGCCUUUCCAAAUCAUGUCCAAUCAAUUUAAUUUACCACAGAUGGACUCAUAUCAAGUUGUAGAAAAAUCUCAAAGAUGAUCAAUGGAAACAGGAUGCACCUGAGCUCAAUUUCGAGUCUCAUAGCGAAGGGUCUGAAUACUUAUGUAAAUAAGGUAUUUGUUUUUUAUUUGUAAUAAAUGUACACAUUUCUACGCCUAUUUUCGCAUUGUCAUUAUGUGGUUUUGAUGAAUAAAUAAAUAAAUUGAAUCCAUUUAGAAUAAAGCUGUAACGCAACAAUGUGGAAAAAGUCACGCGGUCUGAAUGCACUGUAUGUCUAUAUUCCCUUCCUAAGGGAUAGAGUUCAAUUUGGGACCGUAAACUGUCUUGUAGCUAGCGUCCUGUGUAACACUUUCUGUACAAAUGUCGUCCCCCCCCCCUGCAGGACUAUGGCAAGGAGUCUCAAGCCAAGGAUGUGAUUGAGGAGUACUUCAAGGCCAAGAAAUGA